UUGGGCCUCGUUGUUGCCGGAGCCCGGUGGGAGGUGAGCGUGGGCUCGCCGCUGUGCCCAGGGCCUCCCCGGAUCGCUUCUCCCGGCGAGUGCUGUCCCAGCGCCGGAGCGGUUCCCCUUGUCCCCAGGGUAGUGCACGGUACGCAGGAAGAGUCUGAAUAUAACUUAAGACCAUGGCAGCACGCUGGAGAAGAAUCCUGGUAAUAUUUGUGGCAGCUCAAGUACUAUUUGUGGUAAAUACCUUUGAGGAAGAGGAUGUACCUGAGGAAUGGAUUCUUCUUCAUGUUGUUCAAGGCCAGAUUGGAGCAGGAAACUACAGCUAUUUGAGACUAAACCACGAGGGAAAGAUUGUACUUCAGAUGCGGAGUUUAAAAGGUGAUGCGGACUUGUAUGUAUCCGAUCUGACGCUUCACCCCAGCUUUGACGAAUACGAGUUACAGUCCGUAACUUGCGGCCAAGACAUUGUCCACGUACCUGCGCACUUCCGCCGCCCAGUGGGAAUCGGGAUUUACGGUCACCCCUCUCACCUGGAGAGUGAGUUUGAAAUGAAAGUAUACUACGACCGAACAGUUGUACAGUAUCCAUUUGGUGAGGCUUCUUACAACCCUGAGGAGGUGGAGGCAAGCCAGAAAUACUCACAGUCUACAGAAGAUGAACCUCAGGAUGAGGAGUCUGUUUUCUGGACUAUACUUAUUGGAAUCUUGAAAUUAAUACUUGAAAUUCUUUUUUAAAUUGAUAGACACUGGACUAAGUCACACUUCAGCCUGUGAAAUUGAAAUGAAUGACUUGCUGUAAUAUUUAAUACUUUGUUACGUUUCCUGAAGAGGUAUUCAGGUUACUUUUCCUAAACCAGAAAGGAAGUGGGGGGAAAAAAGCCAUAUUUAAUUUUAUAUUGUAAAUCCUCCCCCAUACGUAAAAUGUGCAGCAAGCACAGCAUUUGCGGUGUUCCUCAGAGAUCAGG